UUUUCUCUCUCUCUCUUUUAUCCUAAAACAUUAGUUGGAACCGUCUCUCUCGUUUAUAUCUAAAGGACCAGUGAAGCUAAGCUAAGCGAUGUGCGCAAAAAUGGUCGACUUUGAAAUCCCCAUAUCGAUUAAGCUUGUGUCUCUCUUUCUCUUAUUAAGUUUGCUUUACCAUACCACUGAGUCAGCACCUACAUACGCCUCUCACUCCUGCUCCAAUUCAAGCUUUUUCACACCCAACAGCACCUACCAAGCCAAUCUCGACCUCCUCCUCUCCGCUCUAUCCUCCAACUCCACAAACCAAGAUGGUUUCUUCAAAACCCAAGUGGGUCAAAACCAACCCAACAUAGUCACAGGCCUUUUCCUCUGCCGUGCUGAUCUCACCCCAACUGCUUGCCAAGACUGCAUCUCUCUUGCAACAAAAGACAUACAAAAGCGUUGUCCCUUAGACAAAGUUGUCCUAAUUUGGUACGAUGAGUGCACUUUGCGUUACUCAAACGAGACUUUCCUCAACAACUUAGUACCUUAUGUGAACUUUUUCACUACCAACCAGAGCGUCGUUGAGUUGGACCGGUUUAAUGGGUUGUUGGCUAGCACCAUGAAAUCGUUGGCUCAGCAAGCUGCGAAUUCACAAUCGAAUAAGAAGUUUGCCACGGCGGUGGACAAGUUUACGAGCUCGUUGACACUGUAUAGCCUGGUGCAGUGCACACCGGAGUUGUCUGUGAGUGAAUGCUUGACAUGUUUGGAUAGUGCCAUCGCUUCUCUUCCCACAUGCUGCAAUGGAAAACAAGGUGGAAAGGUUCUGCUUCCGAGCUCUAAUGUUAGAUAUGAAAUUUACCCAUUUUUUAAUUCCACUGCAUCAUCUCCUACACUUCCUCCAGGGGAAAAAAAAUUGUCAUCUCUAACAAUUGUUGCCAUUGUUAUCCCAAUUGCUGUUUCUGUGGUUCUUCUUUUCAUUGGCUGUUGCUUCUUUUGUCGGAGAGCAAGGAAGAAGUAUAAUACUUUACCAGAGGAAAAUGGUGGAGUCGAAAUUACAAAUGUAGAGUCCUUGCAGUUUGACUUAGAUAUCAUUGAAGCUGCCACAAACAAGUUCUCAGAGGAUAAUAAGAUAGGUGAAGGAGGAUUUGGUGCCGUUUACAUGGGUACCCUUCCCAAUGGACAACAUAUAGCUGUGAAAAGAUUAUCUGUAAGAUCUGGACAGGGUGCAGUAGAAUUUAAGAAUGAGGUUGUAUUGGUAGCCAAGCUUCAACACAGAAAUCUUGUGAGACUCUUAGGAUUUUGCUUGGGGAGAGAAGAGAAGAUACUCGUCUAUGAAUAUGUUCCCAACAAAAGCCUUGAUUACUUUCUAUUUGAGCCAUCAAAGCAAGGAGAAUUGGAUUGGUCAAAACGUUACAAGAUUAUAGAAGGAAUCGCCCGAGGGAUUCUUUAUCUUCAUGAAGAUUCUCGACUUAGAAUUAUUCAUCGUGAUGUCAAAGCUAGCAAUGUUUUGUUAGAUGAUGAUAUGAACCCAAAAAUUUCAGAUUUUGGCAUGGCAAGGAUAUUUGUAGUAGAUCAAACUCAAGCGAAUACAAAUAGAAUUGUUGGAACAUUUGGUUAUAUGUCUCCGGAGUAUGCUAUGCAUGGACGAUAUUCUGUGAAGUCUGAUGUGUUUAGCUUUGGAGUCUUAGUUCUAGAGAUUAUAAGUGGCAAAAAGAAUACCCAUUUCUAUCAAUCAGAACUUGCUGAAGACCUAUUGAGUUAUGCUUGGAAACAAUGGAGGAAUGGAACACCCUUGGAACUGUUGGAUCCCUCUUUGAGAAAUUCUUAUUCUAGAAAUGAAGUUAUUAGGUGCAUCCAUAUGGGCUUCUUGUGCGUUCAAGAAAAUCCUGCAAAUCGACCUACAAUGGCAACAAUAGGUCUCAUGCUUAAUAGUUAUUCUGUUACGCUACCAUUACCUCAGCAACCGGCAUUUUUGCAUCGAAGCAGAGCAAAGCUAAAUAAGCCAAUAACGGAGCUUGAGUCUGAUCAACAUACAACCCAAUCAAAUGGAUGGUCUGUUAAUGAAGCAUCAUUCACUGAAAUAUAUCCUCGAUAGUUUGACUAGACAAGAUGCUUUCCAAAAUCAGUAUAUAUUAGUAAGUGGUGGAACUUCUAUUCCAGUUCUCAGAUAGCUCUUAUUUAUGGACUGAAACCCGUAAACAAUCGUAAAUAUAAGUUCGCUGUCAAUUAGAACUGAUAUCAGUACGAUAUCAAAGUUGGGUGUCAAUUGUAUUUGUCAUAGGGCUGGUUAAUUUUGGAUGGGGGUGAAUGACACUUUUUUCAAUAUUCCAUUCUCAUCAUUGUGGAGGAUGAGGUAUUUUAACUGGUCUCUUCUAAAAUCGACCUGCUAUCACAUCAUAUUAGAAUAAACAUUUUUUUGAAAAAAAAGUGAUGGUGACUGAGAUUUCUGAGACACACCUUAUAAUGAAAGUUUUAUAAUCCUUGCGUUA